AUGGCUCCCGCCGACUACUACGACGAUGACGAUCUAUACGAUGAGGAAGCAGAUGAGGGGGAGCAGGAGGAUGAACUGAGCCCCGAGGACAAGGCAGCCAUGGAGAAAGGCACCGCGGAUGUGAAGAAGUCCCUUGGUGCUAAUGCCACCAAGGUAACGGUCAAACAGAUACAAGACGCAUUAUGGCACUACUACUACGACGUCGACAAAUCUGUCGCCUACUUAAGCAAGACGUUUAUUGCACCACCGCCGCCUAAACCUACCCCGAAAAAAGCCCCAGAGAGUAAGUUGCAUGAAUUCUCGUUUUCAUCAUCGCUCGGCCUGUUUGUAAGAUCGUCUGGAGCUGCGAACCGAUUGCCUUGGUCAGACUCAUUGCCGGACCCUCCGCCUUGUAGUACAUUCAGCUACAGGUCAAACGCGAAUCCUGUCCAAGACGAAUUUAGUGAUAUGCCGUGGCUGAACACACCUGAGAGCCGUCAAGCCAUGCUGAUAGCACCCUCGAAGCCACGAGGCGGAUUGCUUGGCGGAGCUGGAGACGCUCCAAAAAUGUCCAAGCUCCAAGCUCUUGCGGCUGCGAGAAAAAAGAAGAACGAUGACAAGAAGGAGCAAGCAAAGUCUUCACAAGCAGAAAGUGGCUUGAAGAGAUUAUCAAUUGCAGAUGCAUCUCCAAAAGAGAAUGAUGAGAGAGCUUCAAGUCCUGCGAAAAGGCAGCGUGUCCCGGAUGCACAGGCGGCUCCGUCGCUGGCAACUUUGGAUGGAGGCAGCUCUCGGAGUGAAGGUCCUCAAGAACCACACCCCGAUCCCGUCCACAUUGAAGUUGUUCGCGCUCUACAGGAGCCGCCAGAGAUAGAACCAUCGCCCCCAAUUCAACAGGAUGAAGAAACCGUAAAACCAUUUGCCCAGUCAGCCCCAUCCGCCUUCGCCAAGACCCUUUUCGGAUCUGCUCCAGAUGAUCGACAAGCAAACAGGCCUGAUUUUUAUGCAAUGCCUUAUACAUCCUCAUCUUCCUUCCUCGCUGCAGCAUUCUCCGAGCCUAGCCCGGAUGACGUCGUUCUGGCUGCGCAGGCAAAAGCCGGAAAGAAGACGGUAGCUCCUGCCAAGGGAACAUCCACGCCCACCAAAAAGGACAAGAAGGCCGACGUUGCAUCCAAAGAUGUGGAUGUGAGCAAUGGCAUCUCGAACUUAAAGGUCAGCGAUGUGCCGCCACCAAAGAGCAAGGGCCUUGACGUGGCCAAAGAGUAUGAGAAAAGCAACAGCAAGAAGAGCAUAAGCUUUGUCGUUGUCGGCCACGUCGAUGCUGGUAAGAGCACGCUUAUGGGGCGUCUUCUGCUUGAAUUGAAAUAUGUCCAAGAGCGUACAGUGGACAAGUAUCGCAGGCAAGCAGAGAAGUCGGGAAAGCAGUCCUUUGCUCUUGCUUGGGUCAUGGACCAAAGAACGGAAGAAAGGGAACGAGGUGUCACAAUCGACAUCGCCACAAACCACUUCGAGACCCCAAAUACGAAAUUUACCAUCCUGGACGCGCCUGGUCAUAGGGAUUUUGUGCCGAAUAUGAUUGCAGGCGCAAGCCAGGCCGAUUUCGCCAUUCUUGUCAUUGACGCAAAUACUGGAGCUUACGAAAAGGGUCUCAAGGGACAAACAAGAGAGCACGUGUUGUUGCUGCGCAGUCUUGGCGUCCAACGCAUCAUUGUCGCCGUCAAUAAACUCGACAUGGUUGGUUGGUCAAAAGCUCGAUUCGACGAGAUUUCCGACCAAAUCAGCGGCUUUCUCACUGGGCUAGGGUUUCAAAGCAAACUAAUCAGCUUUGUGCCCAUAUCCGGCCUGAAUGGGGAUAACAUUGCAAACAAGACUGAGGACGCAUCAGCGGCAUGGUAUGAGGGACCAACGUUAAUUAAGGCGCUGGAAGACUCGGAGCCGUCGUCGGCUCUUGCCAUCACGAAACCCUUCCGCAUGUCGAUUUCGGAAAUGUUUCGAUCACAGCAACAGGGUACAACAACACUAGCUGGUCGCAUAGAUGCAGGCAACGUUCAAAUCGGCGACGCGGUCAUUGUACAGCCCAGCGGAGAGCCUGCGUAUAUAAAAUCUAUCAUGGUCGAUUCGGAGGCUCAAGAAUGGGCAGUUGCUGGUCAAAGUGUCACCAUCGCCUUGACUGACAUUGACCCCAUUCAUAUCCGUGUCGGUGACAUUCUAUGCAGCGCGGUGAACCCAAUUAGCGUUGGCGACACGUUCACUAUGAAAGCUAUGGCGUUUGAGCAUCUGAUGCCGAUGCCAGUGGACCUUCACCGUGGUCGUCUGCAUGCGGCAGGGCAAAUCGCCUCAAUACCGGCAACGCUCGACAAGGCUACAGGCGAGAUUGUCAAGAAGAAGCCCAAGAUUGUUCAGCCCGGGGGCGUGGCUCGCGUGAUGAUUAAACUGGGGGCCAAGGUACCUUUGGAAAAGGGACAAAGGGUUGUCCUUCGCAGUGGAGGAGAAACUAUUGCGGCAGGCUUACUAGAAUAA